AUGGUUGAUACCGGCGCAGACGAGAAUGUUCUAGCAGAAGAAGAUUGGAAACAGUUGAAACGUACUGGUUUCGAAGCUCAUGUGGUAAGAAAAGGAAGCAAGAAAAUAUUCAAUGCCUAUGGAUCUCCCAUUCCCUUGGAAGUGCUUGGCGAAGUCGAUGCUGAGAUUUCAAUCAACGGGACAUCCAUAGAAACGACGUUUUACGUGAUUGCUGGAGGGAAGUGUUCGCUGCUUUCCGGGGAUGCUGCAAUCAGUUUGGGCAUCAUCAAAUUCACUUAUACGGUAGGACAAGACUCAUUUCCAUCAAUCAAAGCCCUGUUCCACCUGUUCACCACCCUGUUCCUGUUCCACCCCACUCCCACCCCUGUUCCUCUGUUCCCAGCUCCCACCACCCCCUGUUCCCACCCCACCAGCCCUGUUCCCACUCCCUGUUCACCCCUGUUCCCAGCCCCAGCCCCAGUUCCAGCCCACCCUGUUCCUGUUCAGCCCCUGUUCCCACCCACCCACCCACUCCCACCUGUUCCCAGCCCCACCACCUGUUCCCAGCCCCCCAGCCCCCACCUGUUCCCCAGCCCCAGCACCUGUUCCACCCCACCCCUGUUCCCACCUGUUCCCACCCCACUGUUCCCUGUUCAGCCCCACCUGUCUCCACCCCAGCCCCUGUCUGUUCCCACUCCAGCCCUGUUCCCUGUUCCCCCCACACUCCACUGCCCCUGUUCCCACUCCCCACCACCUGUUCUGUUCAGCCCCUGUUCCCACCCCACCUCCCUGUUCCCACCCCUGUUCCAGCCCCACCUCCUGUUCACCCCACCCACCCCACCCACCCCCAGCUCCUGUUCCCUGUUCUGUUCCUGUUCCACCUGUUCCCCAGCCCUGUUCCACUCACCUGUUCCCACCCCACCCCUGUUCCCAGCCUCAGCUCCCUGUUCCCAGCUCCCACCUCCCACCAGCCUGUUCCCACCUGUUCCCCAGCUCAGCCCCAGCCCCAGCCCCAGCCCCCAGCUCCCACUCCAGCUCAGCCCCCAGUCUGUUCCACCACCCCAGCCCCCACCCACCAGCCCCUGUUCUCCCACCCAGCUCCAGUCUGUUCCCCAGCCCACCCCACCCCACCUGUUCCACCCACCCUGUUCCUGUUCCACCCCACCAGCCCCACCCCACCCCUGUUCACCCCACCAGCCCCACUCCUGUUCCACCCCACCUGUUCAGCCCCACCUGUCUGCCCCACCCCUGUUCUGUUCCCACCAUGUUCCCACCACCACCCCUGUUCCACUCCUGUUCCCACCCCAGUUCCCACUGUUCCCUGUUCCUGUUCCCCACUCCCAGCCCAGCACCCUGUUCCAGUUCACCACCCCACCCCACCUGUUCAGCUGUUCCCACCUGUUCCCACUGUUCCCAGCCUCACCUGUUCCCAGCUCCUGUUCCUGCUUCCCACCCCUGUUCUCACCCCACCUGCUCCCUGUUCACUCCCAGCAGCCCUGUUCCUCACUCCUCAGCUCCAGCUGUUCCCCCAGCAGCUUUUAG